AUGCUUCGGAUAAUGAGAAGAUCUAAACCUAAUGAAGGGAAGGAUGUCUUGCAAAGGCAGAUUGUUUAUUCAUUUGGAGACAACUAUUACUUCAGAAAGGAGCUUAAGAUAUUGAACCUUCUCACUGGGUAUAUAUUCUUGCUUGACAAUUUUGGUAGGAUACGCUGGCAAGGUUACGGUUCAGCAACAGAAGAAGAGUUGUCAUCCAUGUUGUCUUGUACCUCAUUUCUGUUGCAAGAGAAAGAUGUGGCUAAAGCAUCCAACACAAAUUUAGUUGGUUGUUGGCAAUUUUGUACAAUCGGAUUACACUAG